AUGACUGAGGCCGUCAAGGAGGUGGCAACCGCCAUUAUUGUGAGAAAGCCCGUCGUCGUCCACCCUAACCUCUACAACGCCGUCAUGGACCAAGGUGACUUCCGCCCAGAGGCUCUGAUGGCUGCUCUAAUCCACCGGCUAGACAACAAGGCUCAGUGUGUUGGGUUUGUUACCAUGGCAGAUGCCCAUAGGACAAAAAACGCCACCGCCCACUUGUGGGAGCCCACCCACCCACUGCACCUCCACCUCCCAUCCCGCACGCCCCAAAUCCUGCACGGUGCCGCCCCUCCUCCUCCUCCUCCCUGCCGGCGCCGCCCCGCCUCCUGCUCCUCCCGGACGGCGCCGCCCCGUCUCCUCCUCCUCCCGGCCCGGGCCACCCCGCCUUCUCCUCCUCCCGGCCCGUGCUGCCCCGCCUCCUACUCCUCCCGGCCAGUGCCGCCCCGCCUCCUCCUCCUUCCGGCCCGCGCCACCCUACCUCCUACUCCUCCAGGCGGGCGCCGCCCCGUCUCCUCCUCCUCCCGGCCCACGCCACACCACCUCCUACUCCUCCAGGCCAUCGGCUUCCCCGGCCGUGCUCCUGCAUCUCCCCCGCGCACCUCCGACCCGCAGCACCGCCGAGGCGACGGCCCGGCCUUGCCGCAAGGUCCCCGUCGUGGAAUCCCCUCCCCCGAGCUCCCCCUUUGUCACCUGCCUUGCACUCGCGCACUACUCCAACUCCGGCACGUGGCUGCCGCCGUGGAACCGCGUCGGCGCCCCACCUCUCCAUCCUCCCAAUCACCCAUCGAUCCAGCCGAUGGAGGAGAGCAGCCGGCUCUCUUCUUCCUCACCGGCGAGGCCUGGGCGCCACCCUCCUCCUACACGGCCACCCCGGAGCCCGCCUGUUGUACCUGCGGGAUGACCCUGCCGCCAUCUUCCCCCUCCCCGAUCUGGGUGGUGGGCGUCGGCGUCGGGCAUUGUCCCCUGUUGGUGCCCAGCUUCCUCCUCUCCAUACAGUCCUUGCCUCCCAUCUUCCUGUACUGCAAGGCGAUGACUAGAUGUGAUCGCAAUAUGAAGGUCAACACCAUUCCACCUCUGCCAUGUGCAGUGCACACCUCGCGCCGCUGCAGUCCGCCACCUGCUAUGUCGCCGUCCACAACGGUGCAGUCCACGCCGCUGGAGUCACCCCCUAUACUUGUUUCCAGCCCGUGCAGCUCGCAGCACGCCGAUGUGCAGUGCGGUAGUGUGUAAGUAUAGGGACGUGAAAGGUGGGGAAGUGCAGUUUGGAGUUUUUACCCAUUCAAAGGUUGCAGUGCAGUUUGGAGUUUUUUGUAUAUUCAGAAACUUCAGAAAUUGCACUCUGGCUAAGUUUCUCCAGUGCAAAAUAAUGUUAUUACAUUCAGUUU